AUGUCCCAGACACAGGACUACGAAUGCAGGAGCCAUCAUGCCGACACACAGGAGCCCAGAGUUUCUGGGCCGAGCACAAGGCUGGAAUGGGUGGAAAUCAUCGAGCCGCGAACCAGGGAGCGCAUGUAUGCCAACCUGGUCACGGGCGAGUGCGUGUGGGACCCGCCCGCUGGCGUCCGCAUCAAGCGCACCAGUGAGAACCAGUGGUGGGAGCUCUUCGACCCCAACACAUCACGCUUCUACUACUACAACGCCACUACCCAGCGCACCGUGUGGCACCGGCCGCAGAACUGUGACAUCAUCCCACUGGCCAAGCUGCAGACCCUGAAACAGAACACCGAGUCCCCCCGUGCCUCUGCUGAGAACAGCCCCGGCAGGGGCAUUGCCAUCAAUCGUGAGGGCAGCCCCAGCGCCUCCCUGGAGCCAGAGGGCACCAGUGAGAAAGCACAGGAGCCACCGGGGCGGGUGGGCCAGCCAGCACCCCUCACGACUGCCAAGGAGGAGCAUGGUGGCAGCUCUUCGCCACCGGGCGUAUUCUUUGAGAGAGACUAUGAGACUUCCCGGGACUAUGGCACAGACGGUCCAUUUCUCCACUACAGGGCCUCCUCACUGCAGUGGACCACAGGGACCAAAGAGCGUAUGCUCAUCAAGGUCACCGACCGUGAGCCCAGUUUUCUGAUGCCACAGGGCAAUGGCUUCCCCUGCGAUGGCCAGUCUGGGCCCCGCGGCCGCAGGCCCUCGGGCGGCCAGCACUCGCCUGGCCUGCAGACAUUCGCCCCUGACGCGGACGCUGCCAUCUUCUUCCCUGAGAGGCGGGCAUCACCCUUCCUGAAGCGGGCCGAGCUCACCGGGGGCUGCUCCCCGCUUCCAGGACGCGGGGGCGACACCUUCUGUACCCCGCUGCAGGCCCAGCCACGCAGGUCCUCCAGUGACUCGCAGCCAUCCUCCCCGCGCUACGCCUACGAGCCGCCACUCUACGAAGAGCCCCCUGCAGAGUACCAGGCCCCCAUCUAUGACGAGCCCCCCGUGGACAUGCAGUAUGAGGCCGGUGGGGGCUAUAAGGCCGGCUCACCCCAGAGGUCGCCCGGGCGCAAGCCACGCGCCUUCCUGCAGUCACCCAAGCACACGGGCCCCACGCCCUACCAGCAGCUGGUGCUCACCAAGCAGCGGGGCCCCGAGCGCUUCAUGAGCCUGGACUACAGCCCCGCAGGAAAAGAGUAUGUGCGGCAGCUGGUCUACGUGGAGCAGGCUGGUUCCAGCCCCAAACUUCGGGCCGGCCCACGCCCCAAGUAUGCACCCAACCCUGGUGGUGGCUCCUACUCGCUGCAGCCCAGCCCCUGCCUGGUGAGGGACCAGCGCCCGGAGGCUCGGGCUGGCGACUAUAGCAGCAUGGAGGGGCCUGACUUCCGGCACGGCCCACCACCCACACCGCUGCCCCCUGCACAGGACGACACCAUGUCCUGGUCCAGCCAACAGGACACCAUGUCCUCCGUGGGCUGCUCGCCUGGCCCCCGCAAGAGGAAGAGCAGGAAUCCUUCCCUGGGCCAGGACCCCAACACGUCGUCCACCGACGGCUCAGGGGACCGCGACCCUGUGGGCGAGUCCCUCAUGGCUGAGGAGCGGCCCCCUUGCGGGGCCGGCCUGGCCCCACUGAAGCGCACUGAGGGCCGGCUGGGUGAGGCCGAGGGGUCACGGGGCUCCUGUGAGCCCUUCCUGGCGCAGGCGCGGCUGGCCUGGGAGGCGCAGCAGGUGCACCACCACAUGAAGCAGCGGGGCAGCUGGGACUCGCAGAAGGACGGCUCGGGCUACGAGAGUGACGGUGCGGUGCCACUGCCCAUGCCUGGGCCCGUGGUACGCGCCUUCAGUGAGGACGAGGCCCUGGCCCAGCAGGAGAGCAAGCACUGGAGGAGGAGCCCCUUUGAGAAGCUCGGCUUCCCCCAGAUUCUGCUGGAGAAGAGCAUCUCGGUCCAGACCAACCUGGCCUCCCCGGAGCCUUACCUGCACCCGUCCCAGUCCGAGGACCUCGGCGCAUGUGCCCAGUUUGAGAGUGGCCGGCAGGGCCGCAGCAUGAUGCCCAGCGCCAGCUGCGUCUUCCCCGCCUUCACGCUGCGCAAGCCGUCCUCGGAGACAGACAUUGAGAACUGGGCUUCCAAGCACUUCAACAAGCACACGCAGGGCCUCUUCCGGCGCAAGGUGUCCAUCGCCAACAUGUUGGCCUGGAGCAGCGAGUCCAUCAAGAAGCCUAUGAUCAUGACCAGUGACCGGCAUGUCAAGAAGGAGGCCUGUGAGAUCUUCAAGCUCAUUCAGAUGUACAUGGGGGACCGGCGGGCCAAGGCUGACCCACUGCACGUAGCUCUGGAGGUUGCCACCAAGGGCUGGAGCAUGCAGGGCCUGCGGGACGAGCUAUACAUCCAGCUCUGCCGACAGACCACCGAGAACUUCCGCCUGGAGAGCCUGGCACGUGGCUGGGAGCUCAUGGCCAUCUGCCUGGCCUUCUUCCCACCCACACCCAAGUUCCACUCCUACCUGGAGGGCUACAUCUACCGGCACAUGGACCCCGUGAAUGACACCAAAGUGACACAGCACAUAAAAGAGCUCCUGGAGAGAAACACUAAGAAGAAGUCCAAAUUGAGAAAGAAACCCAAGCCUUAUGUUGAAGAGCCGGAUGGGGUGGCGAUCAGCACAUAUGCCAAGUACUGCUACCACAAGCUGCAGAAGGCUGCCCUGACCGGGGCCAAGAAGGGGUUGCGGAAGCCCACCGUGGAGGAGAUACGGCACGCCAAGAACGCCGUGUUCAGCCCGUCCAUGUUCGGCAGCGCACUGCAGGAGGUCAUGAGUAUGCAGAAGGAGCGCUACCCUGAGCGGCAGCUGCCCUGGGUGCAGACACGGCUCUCCGAGGAGGUGCUGGCGCUCAAUGGCGACCAGACGGAGGGCAUCUUCAGGGUGCCUGGGGACAUUGAUGAAGUGAACGCCCUCAAGCUUCAGGUGGACCAGUGGAAGGUGCCUACAGGCCUGGAAGACCCCCAUGUCCCUGCGUCACUGCUGAAGCUCUGGUACCGGGAGCUAGAGGAGCCUCUGAUCCCACACGAAUUCUACGAGCGGUGCAUCGCGCACUACGAGAGCCCGGAGGCUGCGGUGGCCGUGGUGCACGCGCUGCCGCGCAUCAACCGAAUGGUGCUGUGUUACCUCAUCCGUUUCCUCCAGGUGUUUGUGCAGCCCGCCAACGUGGCCAUCACCAAGAUGGACGUGAGCAACCUGGCUAUGGUGAUGGCGCCCAACUGCCUGCGCUGCCAGUCGGACGACCCCCGAGUCAUCUUCGAGAACACGCGCAAAGAGAUGUCGUUCCUGCGCGUGCUCAUCCAGCACCUGGACACCAGCUUCAUGGAGGGCGUGCUCUAGCGG